UAAAUGCUCCAAAUGUCUCUAUCUGACUAGAUACCAGUUUUCGAUAAAUCGAAAUUUUAAAAAAAAAUGGACCAAAUAUCUCCGAAAACAUCUCCAGCUGUUCAAAAACCUGAUUCCACUGGAACAUUAAAAACUAAGAUAUGCUUGCAACCAGGACGGGUUCCUUCCAUUAUUCGAUCCUUUUAUAUGAUGGGAGAUUUACCAGAAUCUAGUAGUAUUAAUGGAGCAUCAGAUCUUAUAGCUCACUACGGUUUGGAACAUUCUUAUAAAAAGUUGAGCGGUAAAAAGGUAAAGGAAAAAUUAAGUAGUUUUUUACCUGACCUACCUGGAGAUGUAAACAUGCCGGGAAACCUUGAUAAUAGCUCAUUAAGAAGUAUUAUCGAAAAACCUCCAAUAACUGGAAAAGAAUUUAGACCACUUUCUGGAAGCCAACUUAUAGGAUUCAAGCUGCAUCCAGGAAAACUCCCAGAAACAUAUAAGACUUUAGUAUCAGGUUUGAGUAGUGUGAGUAAUGAAAGAAAGAAAAGGCCUAAAGAAAGAGGUGGAGACUCAACCGGUGAUGAAGAUACUGAGAAGCGUGUAAAGAAAGAGAAGAAAGUUAAAGAAGAGAGUUUAAAGAAAAAGAAAAAGAAAAAAGAUAAAAAGAAAAAAGAUCGAAGUUUAUGA